AUCGUCAAAUGUUUUCAGGAAACAUUAAUAAAACAACUAUUUUUAUAUUACACGCAGCUGAAAACGCCGCCGGUGAAUUGACUCCGCCGCGACUUCAAUCCCCAAAAUAAUGGAGGGCGUCGGGGCAAGGUUCGGGCGAUCCUCGACUCGCUACGGCGGCCCCACCACCGUCUUCACCGGUCCGGUUCGCAAGUGGAAGAAGAAGUGGGUUAACGCGCCGCCGCCCAAUUCCAACCACCACCAUCACACGGCGGCUAAUGGAAGCGUCAACGGCGGCGACGCCGCAUCUCAUCUCCUGUUCUAUAAAUGGACCCCCCUCGCUCCCAGCCAAGCCAAAGACGGUGGCGACAAUGAUAAUAACGGCAGUGAUAAUGGUAAUGCUGAACCGAAGAACUCCGAUAAAAUCGCCAGUGUUGCAGCAGAAGAGCCUCCGAAGAGAAAAUUCAAAUACAUUCCGAUUGUUGUACUCGAAGAACAAAGAAACGAGUCCUCGGAGCAGAUGGAAGAUGAAGAAACUAUGCCAAUCGAGACCAACACAGUUGAGGCAACUUCCAAGAGUGAUGAUGUAUCUGAUGAAAAACCCGACAUUAACGACGUACCGAUGGAUGAAAACGAGGUUACGGAGGAUGAUCCUGUAGAAAGGCAAGAUCUAAACGAAGAAAGCACACUGGAUUUGAGUUUGGGCUUAAAAGCGCAUGACGGUGAAAAUAAAUCCGACUGAAACAACAUAGAUCAAAUUAAAUAGUAUCAGUUUCAUUGAGUGAUCUCGACUGUUGUUUUCGGACGAAAGUAAAUUAGUUUUAAGAAAUGUAUUGCUGUAAUUUCGAUGUUAGGUUUCGUUUGAUGCUGCUUCUUUUCCUGUGUUUUAGUGAGAGCAAUUUGUAUGGUUCUCCAUCUCCUGGGAGAUGAAACCUAUAAUUUUUUUUUACUAACAUUAAAUUUUUAAGAUUGCAAUUUGGAAGUUUCUUA